AAUGAACAUCAAUGGAUUAUAUCAAAAUUUUGUCUCUCUUGAAAUCAUCUUCAACAUCAGUGAAACGAGGCAAACUGUUGCACCAGAAGAUUGUUACUUUAGGGUUACAAAGCGAUAUUAACUUAUCCAAGAAUCUAAUUAAUUUAUACAUAUCUUGCGAAGAUUUCCAUUCCGCUAAAUUGGUUUUUCAAAAUCUUGAGAAUCCUCUUGAUAUCACUUUGUGGAAUGGUCUCAUUGCUUCUUAUACUAAGAACCAAUUGUUCAAUGAAGCUCUUGACCUCUUUGACAAACUGUUGCAAUUCCCAUAUCUUAAACCUGAUAGUUACACAUUUCCUAGUGUACUCAAGGCUUGUAGUGGUUUAGGAAAUCUCCAAUAUGGUCAAAUGAUACAUGCUCAUUUGAUUAAAACUGGGUUUUUAUCAGAUGUUGUUGUGGCAAGUUCGGUGAUUGCCGUGUAUGCCAAAUGUGACUUGUUCACUUAUGCUAUACAACUGUUUGAUGAAAUGCCGGAAAGAGACAUUGCGUGUUGGAAUACUGUCAUUUCGUGCUACUAUCAAAAUGGGCAAUUUCAUAAAGCCCUUCAAUUCUUUGACAAGAUGAAAGAUUUGAGAUAUAUGCCUAAUUCGGUUACUUACACAGCUGCAAUCUCAUCAUGUGCGAGGCUUUUAGAUAUUGAAAGAGGGGAGGCCAUUCAUCGGGAAUUAGUAAAUAAUAAGUUUCUGUUGGAUGGUUUUGUUAGUGCUGCUCUUGUCGACAUGUAUGGGAAAUGUGGCCUCUUAGAGAAGGCUAAAGAGAUUUUUGAGCAAAUCCCUGCCAAGAGUUUGGUUUCUUGGAACUCCAUGAUAUCUGGGUACAGCUUGAGAGGUGAUAGCAAAUCAUGCAUUCAGCUUUUACAAAGGAUGAACAAAGAAAACAUGAAACCCUCUUCUGUGACUUUAAGUAGCUUAUUAAUGGCGUGCUCUAAAUCUGCUCAACUGCAGCACGGGAAGUUUUUUCAUGCAUAUAUAAUUCGAAAUAACAUACUUUCUGAUGACUUUCUUAAUGCUUCACUUGUUGACUUAUAUUUCAAAUGUGGCAGAGUUGAGACUGCGCAAAACAUCUUCAGUAAGAUGGCAAAGAACAAUGUGGAAGCAUGGAAUGUAAUGAUCUCUGGACAUGUGUCAGCUGGCUACUACUUGGAGGCACUUGCCAUUUAUAAUGACAUGAAAUUGGCAGGGAUAAAGCCUGAUGCAAUCACUUUGACUAGUGCCUUGGUAUCUUGUUCACAGUUGGCAGCCUUAGAACAUGGCAAGGAGAUCCACAAGUGUAUCAUUGAUAAUAAGUUGGAAUCCAAUGAAAUUGUUAUGGGAUCGCUGCUUGAUAUGUAUGCUAAAUGUGGUGCAGUAAGUGAAGCUUUUAAAGUCUUUGAUGAGUUGCCUGAGAGAGAUCUGGUAUCACGGACUACAAUGAUUGCAGCAUAUGGAUCUCAUGGCCAAGCUUUUGAAGCGCUUAAACUCUUUAAUGAAAUGCUGCAUUCUAAUGUAAAACCCGAUAGAAUUGCAUUCCUCGCAGUAAUUUCUGCAUGUGCUCAUGCAGGAUUAGUGGAUGAAGGUUUCCAGUAUUUUAAUUUAAUGGUCAGUGGCGAUGGCAUUCAACCGUCAGCUGAAGAGUACUCAUGUCUAAUUGACCUUCUUGGACGUGCUGGAAGAUUGCGUGAAGCCUAUGCAAUUCUGCAGAGUAACCUGGACACCAGGGAGGAUGUUGAGUUGUUAAGCGUAUUAGUUUCUGCAUGCCAUUUGCAUGGGGAGUUAGAGAUUGGAGAAGAAAUUGCAAAGAUGCUUACUCAGAAGGAUGAAGAUGAUCCAUCCACUUAUGUUAUUUUAGCAAAAAUAUAUGCUUCGCAGAACAAAUGGAAUGAGGUACGCAAGUUGAGACUGAAGAUGAAGGAGCUGGGCUUGAGGAAGAAACCUGGAUGUAGUUGGAUUGAAGUAGACAAGAGGAUUCAAACAUUCCUGGCAGAUGAUAAAUCAUUCCUGCUAGUAGACGAUGUUUAUCAAUGUCUAUCUUUAAUAAAUAGUGACGUGGAAACCUAUGAAUGCUUAAGCAUUGAUAGCAAG